CUGAUUCCCAAUCCCGGUUUUUUCCCGGCUCCCUGAUUCCCAAUCCCGGCUCCCUGAUUCCCAAUCCCCGCUUUUCCCCGGCUCCCUGGUGCCCAAUCCCGGCUUUUCCCCGGCUCCCUGAUUCCCAAUCCCGGCUCCCAGAUUCCCAAUCCCGGCUUUUCCCGGCUCCCUGGUGCCCGUAACGCCCACAGCAGUGCCAGGCCAGGAUGGCAGCAAGGCAGGAGCCCAGAGGUGAGAGCUGGCCCAGCUAUGUCCAAGCUCAUCUCCUUUGGGACCACUCAGGACCGGAAAAUGUUCCCGUCCAGCUUUGCCCCGGACCGGCUGGGCAUCGAGGUGCUGGGCGUGAGGGGCAGCCCCUUGCUGGGGCCGGGCUCCUACCUGGGGCCGGAGAACAACGUCCUGCAAUCGUCCUGGAGCACCCGGCCCAUGAGCGCCCUGGGCUACACGAUGGGAGCCAGGACGGCCCCGCGCUUCCAGCAGAGGGCUCAGACCGUGACCCCCGGCCCCGCCGCCUACGGGCCCUUCCCGGCUGAGCCCCGCCCGGCCCGGCCCGGCCCGGCCCCGGUCCCGUUCGGCUCCAGCAGCCCCCGGUUCCCGACCCGCCUGCAGGACCGCGACCGCUACCCCGGGCCUGGCACCUACGACAUCCACGAUCCUCAAACCAAAAAAGUUUCGUGGCCCUCCCAGUUUGGGGCUCCCAACUGGGCAGCGCUGCCCCAGCUGGUGCAGAGGAUGAUGAAGAUGCAGGUGCAGAAGAUGACUGUGGAUAAAAAUUUCCAGAAAAACCAGGGCAGGGAGGCGUACCUGAAACUGCACUACGGCUGAGGAAAAAUAUCUUUAUUUGGAGAUAAAUAAAGAUAUUUCUCUCUAUCUGCAGCUCC